UGGUAGCUCCUGGAACGCCUCCUUCAGAGAAGAGGAAGCCAGUCUGGACAAAUUUGUAUGACCACACCUAUACACACCUACUCAUCAGCUUUCAUUAAAGAAAAAUCAUCAAAUCAAUCUCCAGAUCGUGUCUCUUACUAGGACAGAGAAAGCGGAGAGUUGGGGUCCCCCAGAGUACCUAUAGAUAAAAACACCUAUAAUUUCGAGAUUAUGGCUGCUAAGGGCGGAUACAAUGCAAGAGGCACUAUCAAACCAUGUCCUGGCUUUAAUGCUUACCAUGAUGCAGAAAAUCUUCGCAAUGCUAUGAAAGGACUAGGAACUAAUGAAGAUGAAAUUAUUGAGAUUUUGACAACUCGCACCAAUUUUCAACGACAGAAAAUAAUUGAAGUGUUUAAAUCAAGUUAUGAUCAGAGUCUAAUUGAUGAACUGAGAUCAGAGCUUGGAGGGUACUUUAAAUCUGUGGCUGAAGGUCUAAUGCUGACUCCUGGAAAAUUUGAUGCAAAGGAAAUGGCAAAUGCAAUGGAGGGUGCUGGAACUGAUGAACAUGUCCUAAUAGAAGUUCUUGCUACACGGACAAACAAACAACUUUGGGAACUUGCUGAAGCCUAUCAAUCAGAGAAUGCUUCAAGUUUAAAAGAUGAUCUCAAGUCAGAGAAUUCUGGAGACUUUGAGGAACUUUUGGUGUCCCUGCUAAAGGCUAAGCGUGAUGAAAGCUACUAUGUGGAUGAAGACCUUGCAAAUCAAGAUGCUAAAGGAUUGUUUGCCGCAGGAGAAGAUAAGUGGGGAACUGACGAGACCACAUUCAUUAAAGUAUUUUGCAGGAGGAAUUUUGCUCAUUUGCGAAGAGUGUUUGAAGAAUACUAUCAACUAACUAACAAAGAUAUUGAAGACACCAUCAAAGAUGAAAUGUCUGGCACAUUUCAAAUGGCAAUGCUAGCUCUGGUGCAAUAUGCAAAGAGCCCAGCUGCCUAUUUUGCAACAAAACUUUAUGAAUCGAUGUCGGGUGCUGGUACAGAUGACAGAAGCCUCAUUCGAAUUAUAAUCUCUCGGUGUGAAGUAGAUAUGAUUGACAUCAAAGCUGAAUUUAUGAGGCUGUAUGGAAAAUCAUUAUAUUCGUACAUUCAGGAUGAUGUAGGAGGAGAUUAUGCUAAGAUUUUGCUGCGACUCUGUGGGAUGGACGAAGAUGAAGAAUGAAGCGCAUUUACAGUUUCAGAUAAAAUGGCCACAACCACGACUUUGGAUGUGAAAUGCAUAUCUACACUGUCUUGUUCACUCCCAUUUACUUGUAUUCUGUAUACUUCACAUAUUAAAAUUUCAAUUCACAGUAAAUUCAACAUUUGGGAUAUAGAGCUGGAUCUUGAAAUCCACAAUGUGUUUGUUUAACAAAUUUUUCAUCCUGAAUCAGUGUUUCCAUGAAUGCUAGAUAAACCGUGCAUUUUUGUUCUUUGUCAAACUGUUUCCCAUCAGUCAUUGCAUUAUCAACUCUGUAAACAAAAAUAUGCUUUUACACAAAAGAUUAGUGUUUGAAACCUAGUUGGCAGCACCUAAAUUAUAUUUAAUAUGCUGAGCAUUGAAAAUUGUAAUAAUGGAAGAUUUUAAUUUCUAAAUUGGCACUUCAUAUUUGUUGAACUCUGAAUCCUAAUUUGUGCUCAGCAUGAUGCUAUUAAAUAUUUUGUUUAGGGAAGGGUUUAAUUUUGUAUCUACUGCAUUUUUAAUAUAAAUAUUAUAGUUAACAGCAGAUUGUGAUUUGAAGAUCUUGGCCUAAUAUUGAAAAUAAAAUUCCUGACAACUUUUCAACUGAUUUUACUGCAUUCCUUGUCUUUUGUGACUGUAUUUUUAGGUAGUUCUCAGUUAUUUUCUUCACUUGCCUGAGUGUGCAUUUCUAGCCAGUGAUCAGUUGCUGAUGUGAAAGACCAGUUGUAACAAAAUUGGAGAUAAUUUUUCCACAACUGGCAUGCACCAAUCUCUGCUGGAUGGUCACCCACACUAAUACAGCUAUGCAGACAAACCGUCUCGGAUUCUGCAGCUGUUAAACCAUCUUAAGCCAAUAAGUGAUGCAAUUUUCAAUCUGUUUAGUUGAUUUUUUUAAUGAUGUAUUUUAGAUACAAGUUUUUUUUGAUGUAUUUGCAUAUAUGGCAAAGUUCACAGUUUUGCUUUGUAAUGUGAGGAAAGGUGAAAUAUGUUGCAUCAAUGGUGCUGCCCUUAAUUUUAUUUUCAAGUCUUGAACCAACCUAUGGAAGAUUGUAAAUUUGCCAUGAUUUCUUAAUUGAUGACACGAGCCAGCUACAGCUGCAUUUCUCAUGUCUCUCAGGACUCCAGAUACGACCUUGUAUUUUUAAUGUGCAUGAAAUCUUCGGAAAUCAGAUCUUCGCAAUAAGAAUUAUUUAAUAGCUGACCAGCGUAGAGUGAGUGUUUUUACCAGAGUGAUGCACUUGCUUUAUUUUGUGGGUGUUGCUGUAACUCAAUCCUAUUUCAGAAACAAAAUAUGCUGCAUUGCUUUUUAAACUA